AUGGGUCCCAUUAACGAUACAGAACUCAAAGUUGGUGUUCGAGUGCAGGUGCAAGGCAAAACAGGCACCAUUCGCUAUGCUGGCACCACGAGCUUCCAAACAGGCAAAUGGAUUGGCAUUGAACUCGAUGAACCAUCGGGCAAGAACAGUGGUAUCGUUCAAGGCAAACGUUACUUCGAUUGUCGUUUGAACCAUGGUGUCUUUGUUCGUCCUAGUCAAGUGCGAGUACUUCCAUCACGAUCAUCCAGUUCUACAAGUGAGGAUGAUGCCCUAAGCUCGCCACGAUCGGAUAGAAGCAGUGCCAGUUCAGAACGUUUUGCUCCUCCUCAAGAUCCCAAUCUUACAGCAGCUCGAUCGUUACAACAACGAACGCCUUCACCAUCAUCUACUCUUUUACCUUCACGUAUAUCAUCACCAGGUUCACGUAUUGGACGAUUACAUCAACAAUCAGGUGCUUCUGGUGGUGGAUCAACUGCUCAAACAGGUCUUCGAAGGCCUACCAUGAUUGCAUCUCCUCGCAGUAGUGCUGUACCAACAGCGAGUGUCACUAUUGGCCCUGGUAGUGGCAAAAAGAGCAUCAUACGACGACCUCGUUCAGGAACACAAGGAUCUUCAAACAACAAUCAUCCUGCCACUAAUUCAGCAUCAUCAGCUGGUGGAGCUUCACGUGAAGCACGUGAUAGACAGCUACAUUUAUUACGAGAACAACAACAGCAACGCUUACGAGAUCUUCAAGAACAUCGUGAACAAUAUGAGCGUGAUGAACAAGCAAGAACAGCUGCAACUCCUGAUAAUGCUGAUGAGGAUCAAGAUGUGGAUAAUGAAUCAACCAAACCAGAGGAUGAGGAUGAAGAUGAGGAAGAAGAGGAUGAAACGCCUGCUACACCACCACAGCAACAAGAUCUACCACAGCAACAACAACAGCAACAGCAACCAGCUGCACCACCCUCAGCUUCCGUUUAUGGCACAUUAGCACCAUCUAUGCCUGUCAGCAAAUCCGAGCAAACAGUGCCGAUGAAGGAUUAUGAGGAAUUGAGACUCAAGCUCAAGAUUUUGGAAACAAAGCGACAAGAAGAUCGAGAAAGGCAUCGAGAGAAUGAAAAGGUCAAAGAAGAAGCUGAGCAAUUUUUAACUUUGCGUAAUAAACUUCAAGACAAGGUUGCUGAAUUGCAAAAGGAUUUACGGGAGACGAAACGGCAGCUCAAGGAAACAAGUGAAGAAAGAGAUGCCUUUGAAUCCAAGUAUACGGAUGUCAUUGAAUCAAUGGAAAUGAUGACUUUGGAUAAGGAGGUCGCUGAGGAACGAGCUGAGAAUUUGCAACAAGAAGUCAAUGUGCUCAAGGACAAGAUUGAGGAGAUUAGUGUGGAUUUGGAUGUAUUGAAAAAGGAAGCAGACAUCCUCAAUCGAGCACCAGAGAAUACGGGCGAAGAAAAGACGCCGCUGGAAGUCAUUCAACUUGAACGACACAAUGACCGUCUCAAAGAAGCAUUGAUGCGAUUACGUGAUGCUACGCAAGAACAAGAAGCUGAGCUCAAUCGUAAGAUCAAAGCAUUGGAAAAGGAGAACUAUGAAUUGGAGGAUUACAAAGAGCAAUAUGAGCGUGUCAAGGAGCAACUUAGUGAUGCUGAUAUGCAGAUUGAGGAUCUCAAGCAGCGUUUGGAUGAUGCCCUUCAUGCUGAAGACCUUGUUGAGCAGUUGACUGAUAAGAAUCUUACGCUGAAUGAGAAGAUGGAGGAGAUGCGUGUGGUGAUCCAGGACUUGGAGGCUCUCAAAGAAUUGGCUGAUGAAUUGGAAGAAAAUCAUAUGGAAACCGAGAAACAACUUCAGGCUGAAAUUGAUCACAGAGAUAUGCUUUUACGAGAACAGCUCGAGCGUAUUCGUUCAGGCGAAGAGACCAAUGCUGACUAUGAAGCGACCAUCCAACAAUUCCGAGAACUCGUCAUCAACCUCCAAAACGAUCUUGAGCAACUUCGACAACAAGAGCAAACGCAACAAUCCGAACGCCAUUCAUUAAGCAGCCAAUCACAAGCUAUGAUGUCACUCAAUAUGCAACUCCAAUCCACUGUCAUGAAGGCACAUGCUAAAGCUGUCGACCUUGAACUUCGCAAAUUGGAUGCAGCUCAAGCCAAUGACCGAUUGACUUAUGUUCAACCUUAUCUUCCCGAUUCUUUCUUCAAAACCGAAAACGACCCCAUCUCUUGUCUCUUACUGUUUAAGCGCCUUGCAUUCAAGUCUGAGCUCAUCAUUAAGCAACUCGACCAAAAUCAUCCAAUCAGCGAAAAGCUUAUGGAUACCAUCAACGAGAAUCUUGUAUCGGUUUGCGAGAUGAGACAACGAGCUGGUUGGUUAAGUGAUCUAGCCAAGCGCUUUGUCACCUUUAUUCAGCAUUGCAGCCCCGAUAUCUUUACUCGAAUGGGUCAAGUUUACCAUGAUCUUGUUGGCACCGAGCGUCGUCUCAACGGCAUUGUCGAAUUGCUACGUACCGAUGAAUUGAAGGAAAGCGAAUGUGUAUCCGAUUUACAACGCAUGAUCGCGCAAUUGGAACAUCUCACAGAAGUUUAUCUUGUACAAAACGGCGAAUCAAUUCUUGUGGAUCAGUUCUUUGGCUUGACACGUGCUCUUGAUCUCAACGCUGAUCGAAUGGCAGUGGAGUUGACAUUUGUUAAGCAAGCCGUUGAUAAUGCGGUGAGAAAAGAAGGCAUCAGCAUUACUGAAGGAGAAGAGCGAUUGGAUUUCGACUACCUUGAGCCUUUGGGUCGCCUUGUGAGUCAAGCCAAGAAUAGUAAGAUUAUGGCCAAGAAAUUAUUACGCCAACUUGAAGACUUGUCAGAACAAGCUUUGAUGCUCAAGUCCGAACAUCUUCAUCGUUUCAAGACACUUUAUGCUAUCAGCACCAAGCUCAGCCAAUUUUGCUUUGAAGUUUACAAGCAGAUUGCCGAAUACAUCAACGCCAAGCGAGGAAGCAAGGAAGAGAUCAGCCUUGGCAUCAUCCAACAGAUCGUCUAUAGCAAGGCGGAUGAGAUUCUGGAAAUUGCAGAAAGCACCAUGUGGGAAGGUUGCUUGCGUACGCUAAAGUCGUUGACCAACGAGCUCACAGCCACAAUUACUCGAAUCGACAAUGAUAACAAGAUGGACAAGAUUGCUACCGGUAUUGCACCAUGGAUCCAGAGAGCUUCUGAUAUGAAGGCUGAAGUGGUGGUCAGCCAUGAUAUGGAAAGAAAGUUGCAGCAACAUAGCGAUGAGAUUGUCAAGUUGAUCAAGGAUAUCAAGAUGAAGGAUCAGGCAUUACAAGAAUCGAAUGUAAAGGUGGAAUGGUUGGAGAAGCGUAUGACAGUGGCAAAGAAGCAAACGGAGCAAAUUGCAACGCUUGAGGAGACCUUGGCGAAGUCACAGGCUCAAGAACACAUGUAUGCCGAAGCAAUUGAGAAUCUGCAGGCAGAAUUCGAUGCCUUAGAACAAGAGCAUGGCAAGCUCAAGGCUGCAGCGGCACAAUCUGAGAUGAAAUGGCAGAUGGCAGCCGACAACAAAAAGAGCGAACACGAUCCUUCGACAAGUGACACUAGUACAAAGGAGACUGAAGUGGCCAACUAUAGCCAUGUGACCAGCCAGCUUGAGACCUUGAAGGCUGUCAUUCAAUACUUGCGAACAGAGAAUUCGCAUCUCAAGAGCCGUGAUAUCAUCUCAUCUUUGCAACUUGACAAGCUUCCAGAACACAUUGAGCACAAUGAAGAGGAGAUCAAGAAGAAGGAGGCCUUAAGAACAAUGGCUUUGGAAACGCGUGUAUUAAUCAAGGACAUGCGUGCAGCAAGUGCAGUACCCAAGGUGGUUGCCUUGGAUGGAGAACGAAGAUCUGGAAAAUGGCACAGCCAAAAGCGAACACCCAGCUAUCAAUACCAAACACAGCAAUCAGUGCUUUAUACUCUCAAACAUCGCAGCGAUCAACUUCGCAACAAGAUGGAAGAAUUAAAACCACCAUCAUCAGCUGCUACGGCCAACACUACACCAGCAAGAUCACUACAACAAGCAUUGACGCGGUCAUUAGCAAGGAUUCAGAUACCCUCUCUGUCAUCUUCUUCCUCGUCACAUCGCAUACAGCUCACAAGUGCUGCUGAAUUUGAGCGGAUCCAUAGCGUAUUCCUCCGUUAA